GUAUUUUUUUUUUUUUUGUCAUGCAAUAAGAUUUUUUUUCAUGGGUGAGCCCGUGAGAAGUCGCCGGUGAUUGCAUUUUUUUUUUUUAGCGUGGAGCGCCGGCACGUGACUAGCCUUUCCGCCUCAACUCCACAACAGCUGAAUAGAAUGGCACCUGUACUAGAACCACAAGCCAUGCAGUGCUACUAGAAGCCGUCAACAAAACGUGUUGAAAAACCACCACAAAUUGAAAUUCACCCAACCUUAGAAUUACUCUCAUGCUUGAUUGAAUGCACUUCAAAUGUUUGUUAAAAUGCUUGUUGCUGAUUAGCAAGUUCUUGUCAUCGAACCCGUUUCCCAUUUUACUAAUAAUAAAGCAAUUGCUGGUACGUACUCCAAGUGUUUGCUAAAAUGCUUAGUAGAAACAGGAUGCUUAUCAGAAGUUUGGUUUCGAGUUCAGUCCCUUGUACGAGAAACUUUUCAGGGACAGCCCCGCCUCCACGGCAGGUUCUGAAAACCGGAGAUACUUUAAGACAAACAAGGAUAUUCACAAACGAGGACGUUACUGCAUAUUCAAAGGCGAGUCAUGAUUCCAAUCCAUUGCAUUUCGAUUCUGAAUUUGCCCGGAAUGCUGGAUUUGAGGAUCGGCUUGUCCAUGGAAUGCUGGUUGCUGCUCUAUUUCCUCGGAUUAUUGCAUCCCACUUUCCUGGAGCCGUAUAUGUUUCUCAAAGCCUACAUUAUAAAAGCCCUGUAUAUAUUGGAGAUGCAGUUAUUGGAGAGGUACAAGCUACUAAUAUAAGAGAAAACAAGAGUAGAUACAUAGUCAAAUUCUCGACAAAGUGCUUCAAGAACGAUAAGCUUCUCGUUAUUGAUGGAGAGGCUGUGGCGAUUUUACCAAAUCUAGCUGCGGAGAAGGUGAAUGUUAUGGACUGAUGAACCUUCAGCAAAGGGCGCAGAUGGAUGUUGUCAGACUAAAAAUUUUGAAGGUGCUUUGCUUCGAUUACUUUCUAAUUUACGAGUCUUGGACCUCUUGGUAGAUAGGCCAAUGGAUUUGAUGACUCUUUUAGCUGUUUUCAAGGAUAGUUCUUUCCCUC